CCUCCGAGCCCGGGGAACCAUCCUCGCCUCCGGAACCUAUUGCGAUUAAGGGAAGAAGGGGGCGAUCGCACCUCCCCACGCCAAACCCACCCCCGCCCCCGAGUUUGGAGGAUCGGGGAAGGAAGGGGGCUGGGAGAAGGCCUGGCAGGGAGGGGGCCCGUUUGCAUCGGACUUGGAGACGGGGAGGGGAGGCCAGGACCCGAUGGCUCGACCGAGGCCCCGAGAAUACAAAGCCGGAGACCUGGUUUUUGCCAAAAUGAAAGGCUACCCGCACUGGCCGGCCAGGAUUGACGAACUCCCUGAAGGAGCAGUGAAGCCUCCAGCUAACAAGUACCCCAUCUUCUUUUUUGGGACUCACGAAACUGCGUUCUUGGGGCCGAAAGACCUCUUCCCAUACAAGGAAUAUAAAGACAAAUUUGGGAAGUCAAACAAACGAAAAGGAUUUAACGAAGGCCUGUGGGAAAUAGAAAAUAACCCUGGUGUCAAGUUUACUGGAUACCAGGCAAUUCAGCAACAGAGCUCAUCAGAGACUGAGGGGGAAGGGGGGAAUACAGCAGAUGCCAGCAGUGAGGAAGAAGGGGAUCGGGUAGAAGAGGAUGGGAAAGGCAAACGGAAGAACGAAAAAGCGGGCUCAAAACGGAAAAAAUCCUACACUUCAAAGAAAUCUUCCAAGCAGUCACGGAAAUCUCCCGCUGAUGAAGAUGACAAAGACUGCAAAGAGGAAGAAAAUAAGAGCAGCUCCGAUGCCGGGGAGGCAGGCAAUGACACAAGAAACACCUCUUCAGACUUGCAGAAAACUAGUGAAGGGACUUAACCAACAUAUUGACUGCUGAAUAUUAAGGGAAGACACAAGAUGAUUACAUGUUUGGUUGUCUAAUAUUCUCGGAUUUGAUAGAAGUCAGCACAUCUGUUCAUCAGCAGCAUCUCUGUUUGUUUGCACAUUUAUCCACAUUCCUACCCAUCCUGUUUGCAGAAACAAUUUUCAACUUCAUUGUCCCCCCCUGCCCCCUGUGGAGAGGGGACCCCUUUUAAGAACAUCAUUUUAUUUAAUCACGUAAAGAUGCCCUUUUCCAGCAAAUGUGCUGUACAGCAACAUUGGCAGUGUGCCCGCAUUUAGAUGGCUUUUCCAACAAACUUCAGCUACUGCAUCUGACCGAGUGGGGUAUGGCUCACGAAAACCUUAUGCCACAAGACUCUUUGUUGUUUUGGCUCCAAAUUAUAAAUUGUUCUUGAUAUUUGCCUGCCUUUAUUGAAAGAAAAAAAAGAACACACUUGGAAAUAAGUACCCUCUCGUGAAGAAUCUCAAGAAUUCAGUCAACUUACACACCAUGGUUUUUUUUAAAAAAUGAUUCUUUGUGUAUUUUUUUAAUGGUGUAAAGGCCAACUGGUAGCCUGACAGCAUGGAUCCAGCACCCGAAGCGAUUUCAUGCGACCGUUCCAAAUAGCAAUCGACAUAUGGUUAAGGAAACAAAAAUGGCUUGCCCUUUCAUUUGUUGGGAAUUGGGGGCGGGGGGGAUGGGGGGAAGAAUUCAAGAUGUAAGAAAUGGAGAUACUUCCUCAUCUCUCUUGGAUUUUGUAUGCCACUUAUAGAUGUACAUAUUUGUAUGUAAAGCUAUGCCUGAGAUUGAGCUCUGUGAAGCUGUUAAUACAAAAUAACACCAACUUUUACGAUGGAGCCCAUCCAUUCAUGAGAGGAUCGAGUUAAUGCGCAGCAGAAUUUUCUCUCCCAUCUCUGUUUGGAGAUUAAAUUGCUCCCCUGUUUCUGCCUAAGAAGACAAAAAAACUGGCCAUCUCCGAUUGAAAACCUGAUAACAGUCUCCUCAAGUUGUGUUCCCUGCUCAAAACUGAACAAUGUAAGAAAAUACUUUUCCUUAUUAGAAAUACCUAGCUAGCUAUACUCUUUUAAUACUUCUCAAAAUCAUGAUGUAGCGUAAGUUCUCUUGACUUAGUUCCUAUAUGUGAAGUUAGUGAAAGUCUUUUGUGUUUCUUUAGAUAAAUAAUACAAGGAGUUUUUUCAAACACCACACAAGUUGAGCUUGACACAGGAUUUUUGUUUUUGUUUGUUUUUUGGGACGCCUUCCAUUUUUUGUUUUAGCUUAUUGUGAUAAAGAAGCCCUUUGAAAAACUAAACCAAAACACCCAAUUUUUUUUUAAAAAGAAAGGCUUAGUAAAGGGGGGAAGAUCCUGUCAUAAUUUUUUCUGACCUUUCUCCCCUUCUUUCAGAACUAGAUCUAGACUAGUAAGUAAGCAUUCCAAACUCCAUUAUUCUGUGUACAUUAUUGUUGCUAUUGUGAGAAUAGAGAAUUUUAUUUAUUUUUUAAUGCCAGCUUUUAUUGUGAAAACAUAUGGGUUUAGUCCGGUUUUAUCAAUCCUUGUUAUGCUUGUCCUUGGACCAUCUUUCGCGUACUCAAGGUUUGUAGUUGAAAAGUUUACUGUACAAAAAAAACAAAAACAUUCAAAAAAAGUAUUGUUUUUACAGAAUAAAUUUAUUGGAAUGUGUAUCGGGAGUAAGGUUUGAGGUUGUAAGCAGCUAAGUUAGCGUCGUAUUUGGCUUCAUACGUGUAACAAUGUGAGGUAUUCAUGUAACUUGAGUAUUAAAGCAAAGCAUUCUGUUAA